UUUCACUUGUUCCCCGCUGAGGCUGCAGGUCACACAGCGAGCGCGCGUCCUGCGACUUUUCCCAAUCAGCGAAGAAAGAAGAAAAAAAAGAGAAAAGUUUUGCACACGCGGCUCCUGUCACCAACGACAGCUUCCAAAGGGUGGAGUUUGUGGAGGUGGUGGAGGUGGUGGUGGUAGGAGGGAGUCUCUUCGACAGGCUGUGCGAUCCUCAGCAGUGUUCUGAGACUGCACAGCCCCCCCCCCCCCCCCCGGUCCUGGUCCUGGUCCUCCUGGUCCCGGUUCCGGAACCCGUGCUCAGCGGCAGCAGCGCGCUCCCUCGCAGGAUUUAAAGGACUCCUCUGGAAGUUGGACUUUACCGUCCUGGGAUUACUACAUGGAGAAGAAGAGGAGCAGCUCGGAGCGCCGUAAGGAGAAGUCCCGCGACGCGGCGCGCUCCAGGCGCAGCAAAGAGACCGAGGUCUUCUACGAGCUCGCCCACCAGCUGCCUCUCCCCGCCAGCGUCAGCGCCCACCUGGACAAGGCCUCCAUCAUGAGGCUGGCCAUCAGCUUCCUGCGCACACGCAAGGUGGUCGCCACAGGCGGCAGGAGCGGCGGCAGCGACGAAGACGACCAACAGAUGGACAGUCUGUACCUGAAGUCUCUGGAGGGGUUCAUCACCAUGGUAACGUCGGACGGCGACAUGAUAUUCCUGUCCGAGAACAUCAGCAAGUUCAUGGGACUCACGCAGGUGGAUCUCACUGGUCACAGCAUCUUUGACUUCACCCACCCAUGUGACCACGAGGAGAUCCGAGAAAAUCUCAGCCUGAAGACAUCCGGCAGCGGCUCGGCCAAAAAAGCCAAAGACCUGAGCACCGAGCGCGAUUUCUUCAUGAGGAUGAAAUGCACGGUGACCAACAGAGGACGCACCGUCAACCUCAAGUCAGCCAGCUGGAAGGUGCUGCACUGCACCGGGCACCUGAAGAUGUACGCCAGCGGCCCCCCGCGCGUGCUGUGCGGCCUCGCGGAGCCCCCGCUCACCUGCGCCGUCCUGAUGUGCGAACCCGUCGCCCACCCGUCCAACAUCGACACGCCGCUGGACAGCAAGACGUUCCUGAGCAGACACGGCAUGGACAUGAAGUUCACCUACUGCGACGAGAGCGUGACACAGCUGAUGGGCUACGCUCCCGAGGACCUGCUGGGCCGCUCGGUCUACGACUUUUACCACGCGCUGGACUCUGACGGCGUCACCAAGAGCCACCACAACCUGUGUUCCAAGGGCCAGGCGGUGAGCGGUCAGUAUCGCAUGCUGGCUAAGAACGGAGGCUACGUGUGGGUAGAAACCCAGGGGACCGUCAUCUACAACAGCCGCAACUCCCAGCCGCAGUGCAUCGUGUGCAUCAACUAUGUCCUCAGUGACAUCGAGGAGAAGUCGAUGGUUUUGUCCCUGAAGCAGACGGAGUCCAUGUUCAAGCCGCAGGGCAUGAGCGGCUUCUUCACCGCGGGGGGCGGCGCCGGAGAGCCGGGCGAAGCGCUCUUCACCAAACUCAAAGAGGAGCCCGAGGAGCUCACCCAGCUGGCCCCGACUCCCGGAGACACCAUCAUCGCCCUGGACUUCGAUCGCCUUCCGUUUGACGAGCCGCCGCCGCCCGUCGGCUACGCCCAGGCGCCUCCCGCUGCCGCGCCCCUCCCAGGCGCCGCCCCCUGGGUCGGCGAGCUCAGCAGGCCCGGCCCCCCGGCUCUGGUCCCGAGGGACGCCGGCGCGUCCGGCGCGUUCACCGUGGCCCAGAACCCUCCGCCGGGCAGCGCCACACCGAGCCUCAGCAGCUGCUCCACGCCCAGCAGCCCAGGUGAUUACUACAGCCCAGUGGAGAGUGACCUGAAAGUGGAGCUGACGGAGAAGCUGUUUUCUCUGGACACGGACGAAAGCACUGCAGCAAACACCGAGGGCGACCUGAGUGACUUGGACCUGGAGACCCUGGCUCCGUACAUCCCGAUGGACGGCGAGGACUUCCAGCUGCACCCCAUCGUCCCGGAGGCCGAGGCGCUGGAGGGGGGUCCAGCAGCGCAGCAGCCCCCCCUGGGCAGCUUCAGCAACAUCGUCAGCCUCUUCCAGCCCCUGGCCUCCCCCCCGCGGCCCCAGGGCCACUACCGGGAGCAGCCCGCCGCGCCGUGGGCCGCGGGGGAGGAGGGACGCGCCGGCCAGGGCGCCGUGGACUCCGGGUCUUGCCUAUUGGGCCACGCGCAGAGUGCCCCCUUCCAGGCCAUGGGCGGCAGGCAGAACCUGCGGUGGCCCCUGGACCCUCUGAUCACGUACCAGCAGCGACAGGCCGGCAAGGCGUACCUGAUGCCGGCUCUGAGCGGGGAGGAGCGCCCGUCCUGCCAGCAGAACACGCCGCACCUCAUGCAGAAACACAGGUCCAUUGACAACUUUGUGCGAGCCUACAGAGACAUGAGUCCAGCCGACGUGGCCGUGGCCCACAGUAUCAAGCGCUCCUUCACUCAGAUGGCUGUGGGAGACGGGACGCCCUCAGAAAACAUCUGGAAGAAGAUGAGGCGGGACAGCAGCGCGGCCAUGGACCGCUCCCUCAGCGCCGGCUCCCUGGCAGCGCCGGAGAUGGGCGGGAUGAUGGCGGCGCAGCAGCAGAGGAAGUGCCAGUAUCCGGGAAGCGGGACCAAUGAGAAGCUCUUCCUCCGAAAGAGCUGCAACUACACGUACAACACGCAGCCCUCCAACAAGGCCGAGGGUAUCGCCAGCCGCCUGCUGGGCCCUUCGUUCGAGUCCUCCUGUCUGCCCGAGUUGACCCGCUACGACUGCGAGGUCAACGUCCCCCUCCAGGGCACCCUGUACCUCCUGCAGGGCCGCGACCUGCUGAGAGCCCUGGACCAGGCCACCACCUAGAGCCCUGCAGGGGGUUCUCCAAGCCUGCCUUAGACCUGGACUUAAUCCAAACCCUAAGCCUCAGUGUGCAGCCAGAGAAUUAAGCCUUUCUUGACCUUCAUACCUCCGGGGGGGGGGGUAUGAAG